UGAAAACUUUUCAGAUAGCUGGCGUUGAAAACCUUUCAGAUAGCUGGCGUUGAAAACCUUUCAGAUAGCUGGCGUUAAAAACCUUUCAGAUAGCUGGCGUUGAAAACCUUUCAGAUAGCUGGCGUUGAAAACUUAGCUGAUCUAAGAAGUUUUUUAUUGUACACCAGCUUACAAAAGAAAGUGGAAUGAAUCGCUGCUUUACUGUCAUUUUUUUAGUUAUUUUUUUAACGGACAUUAAUUGUGAUAGCAUUCAAACAAGACUAGACAAAUUUGCACGUUCUACUACGCAGACUUUACAAAAGUUUACUGAUAAUAUAGGAAAUGAGUGGAAUAGAAAUUCCGAUAUCAAUAAAUUAGAAGUCUUGCAAAAUGAUGUACUCUAUUUGGAACAUUAUAAAACCUGUCAACAACCAAAUAACAUAAACAGUUUCAUAAAAAACACUUCUAAUAAAACAUUUGAAGAAGUUGCUCAGAAGGUUGGAUUUAAUAAAGUUCACCGCAAUGGUCCUCCACUCCGACCAGAUUGUAGGUUUGAUUAUGUUUUACUUUCAAAAGAACUAAAUAUUACAAGUCGGUUAUAUGGAGAAUUAUGCUUAAUGGAGAUGCUAACUGGUGGUGCUGCUGUAGGUGACUAUGAUAAUGAUGGUUUCCAGGAUGUUUUUUAUACUAUAGCUACAGAGCCAAGUGUGCUCUAUCGCAAUAAUGGGGAUGGUACAUUUACUGAUGUUACAUAUUCUGCAAAUGUUGGCCCCACUUCAUUUGGCAAUGGUGUUGGCUGGAUUGAUGUUGAUGCGGAUGGUGAUCUAGAUCUUUAUGUUACAACAGUAGGCGACAAUCGGCAUUACUUGUACAUAAAUCAAGGAGGGAGAUUUACUGAAGAAGCUCAAAUUAGAGGAGUAUCUAUGCAGUUUCCAAACAUGCGCAAUUUAGCUGGAAUGACACCUACAUUUGGUGACUUUGAUUUGGAUGGAUAUAUUGAUAUUUAUGUUUCAGAAUGGAUUUUCCAUUUUUAUGGAGAGGUGACUGCUAAUCGACUUUUACGUAAUCUAGGAAAAGAAAAACCUGGAUUUUUUGAAGAUGUUACUGAUAAGGCUGGUGUGAAUAUGGAUGGUUUUUGGAAAUAUUAUAAUCGACAUAGUUCUGGUACUUUAGUUUUUGGUGCAUCUUUCACUGACUUUAAUAAUGAUGGAUGGCCAGAGCUGCUUAUCACGGGAGAUUUCUUUGGCUCUAAAAUGUUUUGGAACAAUAAAAAUGGUACUUUUACUGAAUGUAGCGAAUCCUGUGGAAUGGAUGUUCGCAUUAAUGCUAUGGGUCAUACAAUCGGUGAUUUAAACAGAGAUGGCUUUGAUGAUGUAAUGUUAACUGGAAUUUAUUUUUCCUCCACAGCUUGUAAUUUUGGAAACUGUCUAUAUGGUCCUUCUGGAAAUGCUUUGUAUCAAAAUAAAAAAAAUGGAACUUUUACUAAUAUUGAGCAAGAGAUUGGUGUUAAAAAUGGUUAUUGGGCUUGGGGAGCAUCUUUUAUUGAUUUUGAUAAUGAUUGUAAGUUGGAUAUUGUAUCAACAAAUGGCAUGAAUACAUUUGAAACUGUAUUAGAUGAUGAAUAUACAAAGGGAAAAAUGCAGUUGUUUCACAACCAAGGAAAUUUAAAUAACACAAUGAUUGAUGUGGCUGCAAAUGAAGGAGUUCAAUAUAAUGGGCAGGGACGUGGACUACUUGUAUUUGAUUUUGAAGAUGAUGGAGAUUUAGAUGUAUUAGUUGUGCCUAAUUUUGGACCAGUCCAGUUUUUUAAAAAUAAAGGAAGUGAUGCAUAUUGGAUACGUGUGAGAGUUUUUCAUAAAUGUUUAAAUGAUGUAAGAAAACUUUGUGAUAGCUAUGGUGCCAGGGUGUCUUUGAAUAAUGAAACAGAAAUGUAUCAAACUUCAUCAAUUGGUUCAAAAACAAACUAUUUGGGCCAAAGUGAAUUAACUGCGCAUUUUGGUUUGGGCAAAAUAGAAGUUGACUCGCAAGUAACUGUAUUUUGGCCAAGAACAAAGCAGCAAGUAACAGUUAUUGGCGUACCAGUCAAUACAAAAUUAGAUGUUAUACAACCAGAUGGAAAUAUCAAUAUGACAAUAAUGUGGAGCGAGAUUGCUGAGUGUCCAUAUUUGUUCAUUAAAUAUGUUUCUCAGCCUGGUAUUGGAAAAAUAGUUAUUAACCAAGAUAUGAAAUCGUUAAAGUAUGACCCUUCACCUUUAACAUUGUUUGAUGUUGGAGAGCAAACAUUUAAAUACACUGUUGCUGUCAAACCAGAUAGUUUUAAUCUGCAAAGCAUGGGAAUGGUAGAACUUGAUAUGAGGACAGUUUUAGGAUACACCAUUUGUAAUGGUAGCUUUCCAGCAAAUACAUUAUUUGUUAAGUCUACUUCAGAAAGGCGGCUGGAUGGGAAAUCUAAUAACAUGGGUAAUGUAAACUGGGGUUCAGUGUCCCAACCUCUAAUUCAACUUGCACCUCGGUUUUAUGCAGAUAAUAUUUCUGAUCCUGCAAGCGCAUGUUCUUUAACCCAAAGAAUUAAUUCCAAUUGCCCCUAUCCAAAAGAAUUCAGUGGAUUGGGUUCCAACAGACCUUCACCCAGGUUGAUCAGUAAUGUGCUUAUGAAGCAGAUUGAUGAACGGUUUAGUAAGAGAAACAUAAGUGAUUUUACAUGGCAUUAUGGACAGUUUAUAAUUCAUGACACAGAUCACACCACUUUACUUCCAAGAUUUGAGUUUCAGUAUUAUGAAAAUCAUGUGUGGAUGCCAAUUACUAUACCUAAGGGUGAUGUUUAUUUUGAUCCUUACAACACUGGUCAACAGUAUAUGCCAUUUGUUAGAUCACAAUACAAUAAAUGUACUGGUAUGUACCCUGGAAAUUCAGAAAGAAAACAGUUGAACACCAUAUCUGCAUAUAUUGAUGGAAGUAUGAUUUAUGGUUCAAGUGUCAGUCGUUGUGCAGGACUUAGAGAGUUUAAAGAUGGCAAAAUGAAAUUAGAAAAUAGUUUUCCUCCAAAAAAUGUAGAUGCUUUGCCAAAUGAAAAUCCUACAGGCCGCCCUUACGACCAACUUUAUGCUGCAGGAGAUAUUCGUUCUAAUGUCCAACCUGGUUUAAUGGCUUUACAUACUUUAUUUCUAAGAGAGCAUAAUCGUCUAGCACAAAAUUAUCUGUACAAUAAUCCAAUGGCAUCAGAUGAAGAGAUAUUUCAAAAAACAAGACGUUUGGUGAUUGCUGAGCUUCAGUCAGUAACAUACAAUGAAUAUCUUCCUGCUAUAUUGGGUGGUAAAUUACCUAAGUAUAAUGGGUACAACGAAAGCAUUAAUGUUGAUGUUUCUAAUGAGUUUGCAACAGCAGCUUUUAGAUUUGGUCACAGUCAAGUAAAUUCAUUCAUAUUUCGAUUGAAGCCUGAUGGUACACCAAUUGAUGAAGGUCAUGCUAUUUUGCGUGAGGUAUACUUUAAACCCCAUCGCUUAGAGCGUGAAGGUGGGCUUGACCCUUUACUGCGUGGAACAAUAAAAUUUAGAUCUCAAGAAGUUGAUAUGUUGAUGGUUGAUGAAAUGAGAAACACAUUGUUUCCAACUUCAGAUGACUCUACUGGAACUCAUAGUGGGUUUGAUCUUGCAGCAUUGAAUAUUCAGAGAGGGCGGGAUCAUGGACUGGCUGACUUUAAUACUGUUAGAAAAUAUCUUGGUCUAAAAGCUUAUAAAUCAUUCAGUGAAAUAACAUCUGAUAAAAGCAUUGCAAAAAAUCUCGAACUACUCUAUGAAAACGUAGAUAAUAUUGACUUGUGGGUUGGAGGAUUGGCUGAAGAUCAUGUGAAAGAUUCUGAACUUGGAGAAACAUUUCAUAAAAUUAUCUUGGAACAAUUUAUUCGCUUUAGAGAUGGAGACCGAUUUUGGUAUGAGAAGAACCUUACUACAGAAGAAAUAGCAGAUGUUGAAUCGAGGUCUCUCGGAAAAAUAAUAAGGCUCAAUACUGGAUUUACUGACUGUCCUGACAAUGUAUUUUUUUCCAGUGAAAAUUGCAUCGGCGUUAAGAAUCAUCAAUGCAUACCAAGGCUGUUCUCAAAUGAUAAAUUUUUUCGAACCGCCAAUGAUGUGCAUUUUAAAGAUAAACACAAUGAGCAAGGCGAUAAGAUAAAGUUACUGAUUAUUUUAGCUUCAGUUUUUGGUGCAUUCAGUGGAUUACUUCUUGUUAUUGCUUUUGUGUGUUUAAAGUUGAAAGUGCAUGCUGGAAAUGAAGUUUCAAGCAACAAUCAAAAUUGCGUAGUUAACAUUGGCAAUAACAACAAAGCUCUAGAAACAGUUGCCUAAGUUUUUUUUUUAUCUUAUAUUUUUAUCUAUUAACUAUUGUUAUAUAUUUAUUAUUUAUUAAAUAUAAAUGUAAUAUUUUCAUGAAUUUUUUGCAACAAUAAAGUAAAUAAAAUAAAUUUAAA